CUCAGCAGAAGAUGCGUCCACCGCGGCGUAUCAUCCCAAAUCUGCCGGACAUCGCUCUUCGUCGGAUAUUUCAAUAUCUGGACUAUCGAGGACUAUGUAGGGCCGAAUGUAUCUGCAAACGUUGGCAGAACAUCGUUAUGUUGAUAAUGCGAAGAAAUAUUCACGAAAUCACAUUUGAGCAGUUCGGUGCCACUGAACUAUCUGUAUGUCAAGUGGUGCCGUUGCGACGAUUGACAGUAACUUGUCCUGCGAAAGAGUUAGAUUUUGAGGCCGGUGUUCUUCGAAGGUCCCGAUUAUCGCUCGUGCGCAUGACAACAGACGUUCAGUUUCUUGGAAACUUACAAUAUGUUUACGUCAACAAAGACGCAAGACGCAGAUAUUUUUCUAAUGUUGAAGAGCUAUGGUUACUCGUUGUUGCGUGCACCGAUGAAGUGAUAGAACGGUUUUUACGAAUUGAAGAAAUGUUAUUCAGUGAAAUCACAAAAUUGACGUUCCAAGUACAUGUCAUGGCGGGUUUGUACAAAAAUGUGGCUACCGUAGUACGAGCGUUUAUGCUACGUUAUCCGAAAACGUCGUUACAUCUUGAACUACACGCUGACAAUAGUAAAAUGAUAAUCAGCCAGCUAGAAGAAUUACAUGCCUUAAAUGUUGACAAAAUUAAGAUAAUAUGCACAGAAUUUGAUCUACCAAUGCUUCGGCUACAGCAGGUCUACGAAAUUAUGCAGAAAAGAGAACUGUUGGCGAAGAAUAUUGCGUUGAGGGAUUGGACUCUAGUCGUUAGCGGCUCUACACCGAUUACUGCUCAUCCAAUCGACACACUGAGAAUAAGCAGCUGUACUAUUGAUGUUGACGACUUUAUAAGCAGCAUACAACUAACAGCUAAGCAGAUAGUAUCAGCGGAUGGGAAGAAGGCAGUACCGCCCGUGAAGAGAAGUAAAACUGUUGCUGGUAUCGGACUGGAGAAGAAUGAUGGAACGAAGAAAACUGUAAAAAAGGUCGUAAAACGAAAGAAGAAGUUGUUCAUCAAGAAACUUGAAAUUGCAGGACAAUGCACUUUGAGAGGUCUACAGUUUCUUCAGGAUAAAGCACAUAUUGAGCUACAAAAGCGGCUUAGCGUUGCUGUACCUGGCCUAGAGGUAGACUGUGAAGAUAUUUACUAUGCUUGGUAAAUGCUGAUACGGUAUGGGUAGAUUACGAGUCGAAUCAUGGGUGGCCUUACAAGGUUCAAAAAAAUUAUUUGUUUGCAUAUGUAUUUAUCGUACAACGAUAAAGUUUUCCGAAU